AUGGCUGCGUUUUUUAAUCCCGGUGCUCCCGCACGGGUUCCAAUUACGGAUGAUGUAAUAUUAGACCAAUUGAUGAAUGGAAAUCUAUCAGAGAUUGAAGAUUUUGAUGAUGACGACUUGGAAUUUGAACCAAAUACACUAUUUGAUCAAUUGGCUUGCGAAAAUCUCUUCGAUGGUGACAAUCCUAAUGAAGAUGAAGAAACAAGUCACCAAACAUCAGUAUUGAUGUGUCCUCCGAUGGUACAACCUCCAUCUACAUCGAUGCUGCAACCUCCAGCUUCAUUAAUGGCGCAACAUCCUCCUCCACCGAGGACGCAGUGUCCAUCAACAAUGCAACCGUCUUGCCCAUCAUUAUCAUCCAUGUCGCGUCGUUAUCGAGAAAGGACACUAAGCCAGGAAUUGGCAACCACAUCCCGCCUCGCGGUCAAACGAGCACCACCACAAACAGAAGCAGAUGAACUCCAAGACGAAAAGAGGCCCAAACCAGGGUCACGCACACCGUCAUCGGAUGAAGAAUCAGACUCAUCUACCCCACCACCUAUUCCGGAGAGGAAAUUGGAUGCUCCUAUAACAAGACACAUCAACCCACCAAAGUCACCGUCACCAACAAAGACCCUACCAGACAUCCCAACUGACACCCAAGAAAUGGAUGCAGAACCCGUGCCGGGACCAUCGAUAGCCCCAAACACGUACGCACGCAUAGCGGCCGCGCCCAAAGCGACGCAACCACCAUCUCCACGAACAACGGGACCAACACCACCCACUGAAAAACCAACAGCGGCAAAGACAACACUAGCCCCACCAGCAAAUGGUCCAACAGAGCGCAACAUGGCCCCCAAAAAGAAGCGGAAGAGGAGGAAGAAAAAGAAAGCGACCACUCCAGCAGUAGAAACAAGAGUGCUCCCCCCUCCCAACUAUACCCCACAACAAACACGACAACAAGCAAAUCAACCCCGAGAACAAUAUCAGCGAAGAAAGGCAACAAUCGCCACACCCGCCACACAAACCCCAUAUAUACCAACCACCGUAGAAGAAGCCCUCACGGAGGUAGUGGGAGUGGUCAUCAAGAUUUUGGGUGACGUAUUAAACGCCAUGACCACGGGGUCCAACCCCCCUAACGGCGAUAUUAGGCGCCCUAGCCCAACUGUCAGCCAUUAA